CCUUCUUUUGCUUCCCCCUCCCCUUUCUACACAAAUGUUGCAACACAAUCUGAAAUUUCCUCUUUUCUUUCCUUCCUGCAUUUCUUACAGGUUCCUUUGCGUCAGAAGGCAAAAAAGAAAAGUCAAGGGUUCUUUAUAAUGAGCCGACGGAGGAUAUCGUGCAAAGAGCUGGGGCAAGCCGAUUGCCAGGGAUGGCUCUACAAAAAGAAGGAAAAAGGAGCUUUCAUUGGCAACAAAUGGAAAAAGUUCUGGUGUGUGCUAAAGGAGUCAUCACUGUAUUGGUACAGCAGUCAGCUGGCUGAAAAAGCAGAAGGAUUUAUAAGACUUCCAGACUUCAGUGUGGAUCGAGCAAUUGAAUGCAAAAAAAAGCAUGCUAUUAAGAUCAGCCACCCACAGAUCAAGACAUUUUAUUUUGCGGCAGAAAAUGUUCUGGAAAUGAACACGUGGCUAAGUAAGCUGGGAAUGGCUGUAGACCCUCAGGCACCAAACAGGAAGAACGAGGAAGAAUGCUACAGUGAAAGUGAACAUGACGAUCCAGAAAUAACAGACACGCCACCUCCACCCUACACAGUCCAGACACCACCUCCUCCUUCGGAUCAGCAAAAGUCAUCAUUCACCUCAACUCUGUCAAGUGAAGCAUCUUGCUCUCUCUCCUCUCCUGAAAGCACUUUCAACUCCCAAGAAUCAUCAUCUUCCUUGACAUCCAAAGUGGUUUAUUCCGAGAGGCAGUCCUGGCUUGACCUGGUGAACAGCUCUGCCACAGAAGAGGGUGACCAGCCUUUAACGUUCUGUGUACAGAUUCACUCUGAUGAGCCGCCAGGAGUGGUCUGUGGAGAUGCAGCAGAAAGCCAGGAAGUCCAGCUUUCUGAAUCCAAUGGUGAAUCCCAAACCUCUUACUUGAGUGUAGAUACACAUUGUCUAACUGUGCCAGAUGCAACAGGACAGCAACCACUAGCCAAAGACCAGGAAAAAUGUGAUGAUGAUGAUGAGAUGGAGAGGCUUUACAAGUCACUGGAGCAAGCAAGCCUGUCUCCCAUUGGGGAUCGUCGACUGUCAACCAAGAAGGAGCUUCGGAAGUCAUUUAUCAAGCGCAGCAAAAACCCCUCCAUUAAUGAGAAACUCCACAAAAUUCGAAUGCUGAACAGCACAUUAAAGUGUAAGGAGCAUGACCUGGCCACAAUUAACCAGUUGCUAGAGGACCCAAAGCUGACAGCAGUGAAGUACAGAGAGUGGAGGAGCACAAACAUCAUGCUGGUCCAAGAUAUUUAUCAGCAGCAGGAGGUCCAGGACACAUCCACCGAGAAUAGUGAGGAGCAAGAGAUGACUCCACAGCCAAUCACUGAAAGUGCUAUUUGAUCAGUGGCACAUGGCAAGAUUGUUCUCCACGGGUCUCCAUGAACAAGCAAUUUAAGCUGCUGUAUCUUGAGGCUGGUUUUUUGCAAGUGUGCUUCGAAAGGAAAACAACCCAUUCUCUAAAGUUUUGAAUGCUCUUGCAGAACUUACUGAAUGUCAAAAGGGCAAGUUUCCCAAACCUGCCCAAGUUCCCCAAAAAAGCACUCCUGAACGUGGCCUGCAUGUGUAAGAAGAGUAUUUAACAAAGCAGCAAAGAAUGGUUUUUCAGUUUUUGGAGAAGAAAAAUUUUAAGUGUCCAGCUCCUGGAGGACACAGAACUAUGUAACAUGUCCUGUAUAAAUAUGAGAUCCUUGGGAUUGUUUUAAGCAUACAAGUUACCUUGAAAUGAAGCUAAACUACAGGAUGUAGUCUACCUUUUUACCUUCUAAAAGGUAAAACCUUAACCCCAUGUAUACAUUUUCAUCUCUGUACCCAUUUCCUUUCACCACUCUACCAGUUUAAACUGGGUCAAAUGGAAGAGUAAUAAUGCAUGAGUUGAUACUGUAGACAGCUGCCAGGCACCCAGUUUGGGCUCUGCCUGAUGUUUUAUGAGUUUCAAAUUUAUAUACAGUCCAGACCAAGAAGGUACUGUCUUUCUACAUGAAGAAGAGGUCUCUCAGUUUUUGCUAACAUGUAAUUUACUCUUCAGUGAGACAAGUUUCAACUUUUCUUAUGGACUUGGCAGAAUUCCUUGGAAGAUUAUGUUCUUCUUUCUUAUUGUUGACAGAUGGGAGUAUAUAAGGUACAAGUUCAUCCCAGAGUCCAGCUUAAGGAAGGUGAUCAUAUUCACAAGGCAGAAGCUAAUCAACUAAACUCCUAAUGUGGAUUUGGAAGUGUAAAACAAAGCUGCAAAUAUUUUUGUAAAUAUAUGUGAUUUUAUGGCUUAUAUGAAUGUGACUAUGUACUGUAUAGAUGUUUUAUUUAUAUAUUUAUAUAUGCUGAAUUUCCUAAUAUAAAUAGGCAUAUGUGGACCAAACGCACUCAGCUGUGAGUGCUUACAGGUUGACUUGAAAUGCCUCUUUAUUUUGUGUUCCAUUGUAGAUCACAGUAGUGGCUCUGCAGGUGAAACUACCCUGAGGCAUCUGCUGUGACUCUUCUGCUUUUCCAGCUUUGAGUUUUAGAUGAAGAAAAUCUGUACAACUUAGGGCCUGAAAAAAGCUUUCUAGAAAGUUUCAAGAUUUCCCUUUCGGGAAAAAAAUAAGAGGUUUUGCUGCAGGAUCAUGAUUUUUUGGCUUAAUUGCUCUCAGUACAAGGUUUUGGGGUUUUGUCUUCCCCUCUUCUGCAGUAUAAGAAACUUUUCAGAGAGCCCAGUUUUGAAAAGCAAGAAUUAGUUCACCAUUCCCAAAUUAAUGCCACUACAUGAACUGUGACAAUCUGCACUUCUGUUGCUAUUUCAUAAAGAUAUUCUUUGUCAUUAGUUUUCAAUGCAGUUUGUCUUUUAAAGCAAAAUACACUGUAGAGAUGCAGCCAUAUUCAUCUGUCUUUAUACAUUUUAUGUUUUAUCAUAGCUUGAUUGAGAAAACAAAAGAUAAUGGUGUUAGUGGGAGCAUAUGAAAUCUUUUCCACCAGCGUAGUAAUUAGUUUGACUGUUGACGUUGUGUUUUUAAUACUCAGCAGCUUUUAUUUUAAAAUAGAGGCAAGGAAAUAGAUGAAAAAUUACUAAAUGGGGAAUCAGACAUGAAACUCUGGUUGGUUAAAAAGCCAUUCUUUUCAGGAAAUCAUCAUAUGAGCAGUGAUUUCCUCACUUCACUAAUUAUAACUAGAAGUUAAGCAAGCUUAAUACCUGGUGCAAUUUGGAGUAAUUG